GAGGAGGGACAGAAAAAAAUAAACCAGUAGAACACCUUUGUGAGUGAUUCCCCGCAGCUACCAGGCGCCUGGGCGAACAAUAAGGAAGAACAAUCUGAAGGAGGGUCUCGACCCGAAACGUCACAUAUUCCUUUUCUCCAGAGAUGCUGUCAGACCCCCUGAGUUACUCCAACUAUUUGUGUCUACCUUGGGCGAACGCUGAACUGGGCAGGUGCUCGCCGUGGAGUUUGGAAUUCCCCUUUCCUGUGCCUGUACUAUUCCGGUCGGUGACAUCCCAGAGACUGAUCGCAGCCAUGAACGGACAAUGCAGAGCUUCAACCCUCAACCAGCGACCCAUAAUAGGUAUCCUGGCACAGCACACGGGCGACGACCUGGCCCAGGAGGCCCGCACCUACGUGGCGAGCACCUACGUGAAGUACCUUGAGUCAGCCGGCUGCAGGGUGGCGAUCAUCAGAUUGUACCUCGACGAGUCUGAAUAUGAGAAGCUAUUUAACUCAAUAAACGGUAUCCUGCUCCCUGGCGGGGCUGUGGACCUCGAGACCUCGGAGUUCGCCCGGGUGGCCGGAAUCAUCUACAGGCUGGCGAUCCAGGCCGGUGACCGGGGCGACUAUUUCCCGGUGUGGGGCACGUGUCUGGGCCACCAGCUGCUGACGGCGCUCACCGCCGGUCAAAACCUGCUCCGCCGCACGGACAGCGGCAACGUGGCGCUGCCGCUCCACUUCACCCCCGAAACAAAAAGCUGCCGAAUGUUCCGUGACUUCCCCCCAGAGCUGAUGAGAGUUUUAGCGGAAAACCCCCUGCCCGGUCACUUCCACAAGUACAGCCUCACCCUGGAGGCCUUUGAGGCGAACGAGAAGCUGCGCUCCUUCUACAGACUCAUCUCCACCAACACCGACCCACAAGGAAUCACCUUCGUCUCCACCAUGGAAGCUCUCCAGUAUCCGAUUUACGGCACCCAGUGGCAUCCGGAAGCGAACCGCUUUAUCUGGAAGGAAAGCUUGGAUGCUCCACACUGUCCCCUGGGAGUCAGGAUGUCCUACCUACUGGCUGACUUCUUCAUAAAUGAAGCCAGGAGAAAUCUUCACCGGUUUGCCAGUAAAGAGGAAGAAGAGUCGGCAUUGAUCGAUCAGCACACGCCGCGCUUCCUCGGUGACCGGAGCUCGUACCGUAGCGUCUACCUCUUUGACUGAUCCGCGGUGGGACUGGCCGGAGGUUUCUCAGCCUGCUGACCACUGGGAAGAGGGGAGACCUGCGUCCCGUCCCCGACUAUCUUCCAAACGCUGCCUCCUCCGCGUGUUGGUGGGGACUGGGAGGAGUCAGCCUUCCAGCACCAUGUACAAUCCCCCCCCCCUCAUUCCCCUCACUCCUUUCCACUCGACACUUUAAUUUCAUGUUUCAUGUAGUUUGUGUUUUAUGACUGUUGUCAGAUCAAUUUCUCUCCUGGGAUAAAUAAAGUUCCAUUGUAUCGUAUCGUAUCGUAUCAUAGCCUCU